AAUGAGGAAGCAAUUAAAAAGCUUUAUCAUGUCAUUAGGAACCAAAAUUUUCAAAAUUCCAAGAAUGUCACUUAACAUAUAAAAGGAUUGCUCGUUGUUAACUUUGGCAUUGGGCAUCACGAUUACAAAGAUGGCUUACGCUCUUCGCUCGGUGUUCCUCCUUUGCGGGAUCAGUGGACUGUUGUCUGCAGCCUGGUCUAAACCUACCGGUGUCGUGCAAGUACAAAACAGCUGUCCCAAAGGCUGGACUCAGUUGGACUGCCACUGUUACAUCUACGAAAAUGAGCCAAGAAUCUUUGCAGAUGCAGAGAGCGUCUGCAACAUUCUUGGUGGGAAUCUGGUUUCCAUCCACAGCGCCCUGGAAAACGCUCUCAUUCUGGAACUGAUUCGGCAGGGCGGGAACGACGACAACGCCUGGAUUGGAUACCACGACGCAAUUGCGGAAGAUGACUUCAUAUGGACUGACGGCUCCGAUCAGGAUUUCGCUAACUUUGAUGUAGCUGGAGCUGAACCCGAUGACACUGGCGACUGUGUAGUCAUGGAUGAAAGCGCUGGUCUUUGGGAGGAUGCGGUCUGCUCAGAUGAGGCCCCGUAUGUUUGCAUCCAAGAUGUCAAACACUAAUUAUUUUUUUAUUUUAUCUCUUUCAUCAAUGAUGGUGACACAGUAAGAAAAUAAAGUGGGGUCUUGACAUUGCCUUUCUGCCAUCACCUUUCAUCUUCAACAAUAAUUAUUAGUCACUGUAGAAACCAAUUUGCACUGUCAUAGAUAAUUUCUCCGGUAAAUAAAAAAAAUCUACUUGCAAUA